AUGAGACAAAUAUUUCAGUUCUGUUUUGAACCAGUACCACAGCAAGUUCGACCAAUUUUGCAUUUGAGUGCAGCACAGCGUGCGGCCCGAAGAUUGUCGAUGAAAGCAUCAGCGUACCUAAGUAAAAAGCGCGUUUGUAUUAAUGCGGAACCCGUGGUUAUCGAUAUCACUCCAAGAUCCGGCAAAAUACCUGGCGUUAUUAAAAUGCCUGAUUCACCCGAACUGUUAGAUGAUGAACCAAGUGCUGAAACGUGUAUCGCAACUUGUCGACGUAAUAUCCUUCCACGACUGGAGAUUGAUCAGGUGUUAUCUUCUUUCAGCUUCGUUUUUUGA